AUGAAGCAGGCUACAGAUCACCUAGACACCCUGAUUCAGGACAUAAGAAGUCAGAAUCCAAAGACGCUAGCUUAUUGGAGAGUGACAAAUGAGCCAAUCUACAAAGUGCUUCAACACUUCGCCUCCACAGACUCUGAUGAUGAUGAUUCAUCUCAGAGUGUAGAUUCGCUGUUACCACAGGUACAGACAUUCUUUGAUGCCUUGAAUGCUCAACUAUCAGUACAAGAAUCUGAAGAUCCCGACUAUCAAGCCUAUUUGAAGUCAAAGUCUCCUGAAACUACGACUCCAAAAACCACAUCAUCAACCACCGAUGUUUCAAUCGUUUUUGGUGGAAAAUAUCCAGCUGAAGGGAAACCACGAUCGAUAUCAGAACGUCUGGUCAAUAAGCUCAGUGAUGGGAAGGAUGAGACGGCGGUGAUCACGGUGUCAAGGUCCAAUGUUUCCCAUGAUAUGCCAAUCAACUGUAGACAUGUUGCUUUGCAAAAUCUAGACCAUGCCGAUACCAGUUUGGGCUCUGCAGAGUUUGGGCAAAUUCUCGAAAUGGCUGGAAAUGAAGCAAAGAAAGGAGGUGACAAACCAGGUUUGACACUCUACUUGACAUUGGGACAGCACAAAGGAGUAAACCCGUUCCGUCGAAAUCUUCAGGGUGCCAAUAACUUUUGCCUAGCCUUGGAGAAAUUCAUGACAACCGAGAAGGAUGGCAACACACGAAAUGAUGCUUGUGAUUGGAGGGUGGUGCUGACAGGAACAGAUGCAACGUUGCCCAGUGACUAUCCUGCUUCUCACGUAGAGCUUUUGAACCAAAGUCUCCAGAUUCCAUCCUACAAGAUUUCGGAAUACAACUUUACCUAUGCCACGUCCAAGCUUGGACAGUACUUUCUUCUCAUCAAGACCGUUGCUCAGUUAACUGGUCGGAUGGACAUUGUCGAGGAAGUGGAACAUAUCGUGGUCAAAAUCCAAGCUAGCGUAGAUAAAGCAGGCGACAAUGGUAAUUACCAUCCACCAGAGGAUGGCCAGGAAACACCGUCUACUUUUAUUUCGAUGGCAGAGCUCGAUCAGUAUUCCAGGAGGAGCAUGGAAUUGGAACUCGAGCUUCGGGAGCACCUGCAGUUUGCGAAGGGAAUUUCCAUUUGUUAUACGCCACUUCAUGCCGUGCCAUGGACACAGCAAGCAGUUGCGUCAGCAGCUGGGUCUGAGGACAGUCUGUCUCCAAAAGCCUUUGUUUUAGAACAAGUGGUCAAACGAUUGAAGAAUGCGAUUUCCAUCGACCAAGCGGUGGAAUGCCAUUUCAAGUAA